UUUUUUUUUUGUUUUUUUUUUGUCUAUAGGUCAUGCAAUGAGAGGAAGUAUUAGGUCAAGAAAGUCUCCCUUCUUUUAUUGACUUAUUUUUCAUCAGCACUCCUAAUUUUCUCUUGUCUUUCCUUCUCUCUUCUUUCAUUGAAACUAGUUUAUAAAAACCAACCCAUUUUCUCAUCCUCUUUUCAUGAACUGAUCAAAUUAAUUUUAGAUAAUGGUUCUCCAAACAAUUCUCUUAUCUUCUUAGUGAUUUCUAUCACAUCUUUAAUUGGAUUUGUCUUAUUUAUCAUUGCCAUGCAUUAUCAUCGCAAUCGAAUGCAGCCAUCAAUGAAAGAUACCUUUGCUAAUAGGAUCGUUCCUCGGUUACACUUGACGGAUUCCGGUCGUGUUCAUAAACUGGAGCGGUUCUCCCACUAUGUAGGAAGACAGAUGGGUCUUGGAAGUACAAAUGAGUGUGAUAAAAUAUGUAAAUUGGCAGAAGAAUAUCUAAAGAAAACCGAAGGAUGUGAAGCAGAAAUGUAUGGGUUAUUAGCUAAGGGAAGCCAAGAUGCCGAUGUAUUGUAUCCCAAACUCUUGGAAGAGUUUGAUAGAUGCAUAUUAGGUUACUUUGCAUUUCAUUGGAGCCAUGCUACUCUUAUGAUUAGUCAGGUGCUAAAUGUAGAUUCUGAGCAGCAAGGGAAGCUCAAAAACAUGGUCAUGGAAGCAACUAGGAAGCAAAGAUUUGAGAGAGUGACGAAAAACUUGAAAGUGGCAAGAGUUUUUUCAACACUAGUUGAGGAACUGAAAGCAAUUAGAACACUAAAGAAUGACCCACACUGCAACGACGUGAUGGUACCAGCCGCACAUAGCCAGAGAAGCCCAGUUCUUCUCUUGAUGGGUGGUGGAAUGGGAGCCGGAAAAAGUACAGUGCUUAAAGAAAUACUAAGCAGCGAAUCAUUUUGGGGAGGUGCUGCUGGAAAUGCGGUGAUUGUCGAGGCUGAUGCCUUUAAAGAAACUGACGUCAUUUAUAAAGCUCUUAGCUCUCGAGGCCACCAUCCGGACAUGCUCCAAACAGCUGAACUGGUACAUCAAUCGUCAACUGAUGCAGCUUCAUCACUCCUUGUAACGGCAUUGAAUGAAGGACGCGAUGUUAUUAUGGAUGGUACACUUUCAUGGGAACCCUUUGUUGAACAAACUAUUGCCAUGGCAAGAAAUGUUCACCAUCGUCGUUAUCGCAUGGGAGUCGGUUAUAAGGUCGUUGAAGAUGGAACCAUAAUGGAGAAGUAUUGGGAACAAGUAAAAGAAGAAGAACAGCAAAAACAUGAAGAAAAUAACAAAAGAAAACCAUAUAGAAUAGAAAUGGUUGGAGUAGUUUGUGAUGCAUAUCUUGCUGUUGUCAGAGGAAUUAGGAGAGCUAUACUGAUGAGAAGAGCUGUGAGAGUGAAGUCACAGUUGAAAUCUCAUAAGAGAUUUGCAAUGGCGUUUCCAAGAUACUGUCAACUUGUUGACCAUGCUAGGUUAUACUGCACUGAUGCCAUGGGUAUACCCCCGAAGCUUAUAGGAUGGAAAGAUGGAGAAAACAAUUUUUUGGUUGACCCACAACAAAUCAACUGCCUAACGACCUUAAGCAUGCUUAAUGACGAGGCAGAUUGUAUUAAUGAGCUAUAUCAACAUCAACCCACAGAACAUACUGAAUACGAUCCUCAUUUAGUGUGGAGAAGCAUAAUGUUAUCACCUUCGAGAACCAAAGUACAACAAGAACUUAAAGUUGCCAUUUGUAAUACAUUCAAAAUAUCAACAGAUGGUGAUAAACAAUAGGAGAAGAUUAUCACCAUCAACCCAUAAUAGCUUAGGGACCGUGAUGGUUAAGUGGGUUCAACCUAGUUAGGCUUUAAGGUUCAAUUUUGUUUACAAGUGUCGAGCUGAGCUCUACAACAAAUGUAUAAUAAUUAAAUUCAAUGAGCUUAGGUGCGAGUCUUUUUUUUGUUUUGUUUUUUUCUUUCCA